AUGGCACCCAUACUGCAAGACUGGACAGUCGUCGAAAACCUUAGUAUCUCCGACCAUAAUUAUAUACGGUUUAAUCUAGCAAAUAGCACAGCCACCUCUAUUCUUAAACGGUACAAUCUCCCUGGACGGAAAGUUCGAGCAUUCACAGCCAUCAUUAGAGCCCGUCUGGCACCUUUUGCAACCGCAAUAAGACAGGCCAACAGCAAAGAGGCCCUCCAGAACCUCAUCCAAGACAUCUUAACCGCAAUCCAGAAGGCAUGUGAUGAAAAUCUCCCUCUGCUCACGGCCAAAAGAAUCACAACGCUGAAUUGGUGGAAUGGCACGCUUCGAAGUCAACAACAACGGCGACGCCUAAAGCAAGAGCGCAGACAUAACCUAGAAACUUCCACCCUGCUGCUUUACCAACGGGAGCGAGCACUCUAUAAGCGAAUGAUUCUGGAAGCUAAGAUAAGCAGCUGGAGAAAAUUCUGCACAGAAACUACGACCACCUUUGGUAUCCACCACAAAAUCGCAGCUGGCAAACUCUUCAAGCCGGCAACUCUCUACCUCCAGCCAACGCCAAAUACUAAUGACCAUCUCACGGAGUCUACGUUAUCAGAGAUCCUAAGGACAGUCUUCACCAAGGACAACCCGACAGGAAGACACAGCCUUUCAUACCAUCGUCCGAAACCAGCCUCUUGA